UUCAAACACUUGGUAAUAAUUUUGCAUAACCCCCGUUGUCUAGUUUCUAAAUAUUUUUUUAUAAAUUAUUAAAGAAUAGUUACAAUUUUAACAUAAAAAAUGUCUAAAGCCGCUGGCAAAUUAAAAACUAUGAAGAAAGGUAUGGAGAAAAUUACACAUACCACAAAACUAAAAACCAAUAUUCCUGCGGGUAUGGCUGCAGCCGGCCCACCACUGGGCCCAAUGUUGGGACAGCGAGCAAUCAAUAUAGCUGCCUUUUGUAAGGACUUUAAUACAAGAACGGCCGAAAUGAAAGAAGGCGUUCCAUUGCCUUGUCGAAUUUCAGUAAACAGUGAUCGUAGCUACAACUUAGUCAUUCAUUCUCCUCCGGCUACUUUCUUACUCAAACAAGCUGCUGGCAUCCAAAGAGGUGCAAUGAAUGCGGGUAAAGAAGUAUCUGGUAUGAUAACGUUGAAGCAUUUAUAUGAAAUUGCUGCUAUUAAAAUCCAAGACCCUCCCAACGCUUUAUUAACCAUGCAGCAAAUGUGCGAAAUGUUAGUGGGUAUAGCUCGUACUUGUGGCAUCAAAAUCGUUCGUGACUUAAAAGCCGAAGAUUAUGCCGUAUUUCUAGAAGAACGACGUGCUGUGGUUGAAGCUCAGAGACGAGAGCUACAAGAAAAGCGCGAAGCAAAAAUGUUACGCACUGGUUAAAGUAAAAUUUGAUAUAUUUUAUUGUUAUAAAUAUACGUCUAUACAUUGUUAAGAAAGCUUUAGUCAAA